AUGGGGCCAGAGAGGUGUCUAGCUGCUGAGAGUGAAGCUGGGCUUGUGGCCCAGGUGGAAGAUUGCCACCACCAGGGAGAGAGGAAACCAGCCAAGCGCCGCGCUGAUCGGAGGGUUCGGGGGGCUCGGGGGCCGGCGGGGCGGGGCCGAGCGGCGCGGGGCGGGGCCGGGGCGGAGCUCGGUGGAGAUCUAGGAGGCGCCGGGAACCGCGGCGCGCGGACUCGGACCCGGACCUACUCUGGCUCGGCCGCUCCAGCUCCGGUGCUGACUGAGGAAGUCUGGAAGGAGGGGGCGGGCAAGGAGAGGCUGGAGUCGGUGACACCCCCUCCUUCCCACGCUGCGGUAUGUAAAGCGCAGGGGGGGGUGGAGCGCGCGAGCGACCCCUGCGGACCCAGCGGUCUGAGCGCCCCCUCCCUCCGUUACUACGGCGCAGCCACGUGCGGGGGUGGGGUCGACCCCGGCGGUACUUACCCCCAAGACGCGGCUGCUGGGGGCCUCAUGCCUUCCGAGGCCGGGGACCCGCGGGCAGGCAGAGAGGGCGCAGGCGGCCGGAGCCCCGCGACCCGGCCUGCGCCAGGUUGCAGCCCGCAGCCCCCGCCCUCCUCUCCGCCCGCGCAUCAUGGAAACUGGCCGCCCGCCCGGCCCCGGCCGCUCCGCUCCGCGUUCUUCCUCCGGGCGGGCGGGCCAGGAGCCGGCCCCGGAGCGUCGUCGGCGGGUGGCCGCGGCCCUCAGCACUGCCUCCUCAGCGGGGCCAGCGCAGCUCCCCGCCAGAAGUGGGCGCGUCUGAGGCCGGACCCUCGACACCCCGCUUGA